GAGGCCUUGCCAAUUAACCCUGUUUUCUCGCAAGUUCUUUAUCCAACGAGGAUCGUCGAACAGCAAUAUUAUCAUGCCGGCCAUUGUAUAGAAAACUUGCGAAGCGUAUAAUAGACGGACCAGCGACACAGUUUGCGCCUUUGUCAGCCCCUUUCGAAACACCGUCCAAUCGCGCUCAUCAAAUAUGGCUCCAGAAAAUAUCAGAGUUCCAGCGAGGGGAUCAACUGGAUCUUCCUUGCUGAGUCCAGUACCUCGAUGGGCAACCACCACUUUGAGAGUUGGUGGCAUGACCUGUGGCGCUUGUACUUCGGCCGUUGAAGCGGGCUUCAAAGGUGUCGACGGGGUUGGCAGCGUGUCGGUGAGUCUGGUGAUGGAGCGCGCGGUAGUAAUGCACGAUCCACAACGAGUCCCUGCCGAGACCGUACAAGAAAUAAUCGAAGAUCGCGGGUUCGAAGCGGAGGUUCUAUCGACCGAUUUACCAACUCCAUUGCAAACACCGAGAUUCGAGGCCGAGGGCAGCAAAGAUGAACCGACAACGACCGUCACGACAAUUGCUGUCGAGGGUAUGACUUGUGGGGCGUGUACGUCGGCUAUUGAAGGCGGAUUCGCGGAUGUGACAGGAGUAAAACACUUCAGCAUUUCACUACUCUCGGAAAGAGCCGUCGUAGAACACGAUGCUUCUCUCCUACCACCCGAUCAAAUUAUAGAAAUCAUCGAAGAUCGAGGAUUCGGCGCGACUCUAGUCUCGAGCGAAGAAUCAAAACCGGUUAAGAAAUCGGGAUUGGCCAGUUCGGAAGCAGCAUCAACUCUCGCUACGACUACAGUUGCGAUUGAGGGUAUGACAUGUGGUGCUUGCACCUCUGCCAUUGAGAAAGGAUUUGCUGGUGUUGAGGAUGUACUGCGGUUUAACAUCAGUUUGCUAGCAGAGCGCGCCGUUAUUACACACGAUAUCCUAAAAUUGACCCCGGAAAAGAUAGCAGAAAUCAUUGAAGAUAGAGGUUUCGGCGCCAAUGUCCUAUCAACGUUAGCCGAUAUGUCAGAUCACUCGGGGGGUUCUUCGACGGCUCAGUUCAAGAUCUACGGCGAUCCGGACGCUGCGGCUGCUAAAACCAUCGAGGAUACGCUGCUCGCUCUUCCCGGUGUUAGCUCGGCUAAGCUGAGCACGUCCACGUCUAGGCUAACCGUAUCUCAUCAGCCAAGCCUGACGGGAUUGCGCUUGCUUGUAGAAGAAGUGGAAAAGCUAGGAUUUAAUGCUUUAGUCGCCGACAAUGAUGAUAACAAUGCGCAGUUAGAGUCUCUGGCAAAGACGAGAGAGAUUCAAGAGUGGAGAAGAGCAUUCCAGGUCUCACUAUCCUUUGCCGUCCCAGUAUUCUUUAUCGGCAUGGUUUUCCCUAUGAUGAUUCCUAUCUUGGAUUUCGGUGGCUUAGUACUACUUCCCGGUCUCUUCCUCGGCGAUGUUAUCUGCUUGAUUUUAACGAUACCCAUCCAAUUCGGCAUAGGCAAGCGCUUUUACGUUUCGGCUUUCAAAUCCAUCAAGCACAAGUCCCCAACUAUGGAUGUCCUUGUUGUUCUAGGUACAUCCGCAGCCUUUUUCUUUAGCGUUUUCGCCAUGGCUGUAUCCCUCCUAUUUCCGCCGCAUAAUCGACCGAGCACUAUUUUCGAUACCAGUACUAUGCUUAUCACGUUUAUCACACUCGGUCGAUUCCUAGAGAACCGCGCAAAGGGUCAGACUUCAAAGGCCCUCUCACGGCUCAUGUCCCUAGCUCCAUCCAUGGCCACCAUAUAUGCCGAUCCAAUUGCUGCCGAGAAGGCAGCAGAAGGUUGGGACAUGGCUAAAUCGAAAAAGCCGGAGACCCCAACCCGCGAUGGUAACGCAGAGGAGGCAAAGGUUAUUCCUACCGAACUAAUUUCAGUUGGCGAUAUUGUGAUCAUCCGCCCGGGAGAUAAGAUUCCCGCCGAUGGAACUAUCGUACGAGGUGAAACCUACGUAGAUGAGAGUAUGGUUACCGGAGAGGCUAUUCCAGUCCAGAAACGAAAGGGCAGCAACGUGAUAGGUGGCACUGUCAACGGGCAUGGUCGAGUCGAUUUCCGCGUGACCAGAGCAGGCCGGGAUACGCAGCUGAGCCAAAUUGUCAAGCUCGUGCAGGACGCGCAGACCACCAGGGCCCCCAUUCAGCGGUUAGCCGACACUCUCGCCGGCUACUUCGUACCCACCAUCCUGAUUCUUGGUUUUCUAACAUUCAGCACGUGGAUGGUUCUCAGUCACGUUCUUACCAACCCACCGAAGAUUUUCUUACAAGCUGAAAGCGGUGGCAAGCUGAUGGUCUGCGUCAAACUUUGCAUAUCCGUGAUUGUAUUUGCCUGCCCGUGCGCGCUCGGUCUAGCUACUCCUACCGCGGUUAUGGUGGGUACAGGUGUGGGUGCAGAAAACGGUAUUUUGGUCAAGGGCGGUGCUGCUUUAGAGGCUACGACUAAGAUUACUCAAGUCGUCCUUGACAAGACGGGAACCCUUACGUAUGGCAAGAUGAGUGUUGCGAGCAUCAAGAUGCCAUCCGGCUGGCAGGACAAGGAGUGGCGACGACGUCUUUGGUGGACGAUUGUGGGUCUGGCCGAAAUGGGAAGCGAACAUCCAGUUGGUAAGGCCAUCUUAGCAGCGGCACGGAACGAUCUCGGCUUGGAUCCUGAGGCAGCUAUUGAUGGUAGCAUUGGUGAGUUCAAAGCCGUCGUCGGGCGAGGUAUCAGUGCGCGUGUCGAACCCGCCAGUGCCGAGCGUACCCGUUAUCAAGUGCUUGUCGGGAGUGUUCGUUUCUUGCGAGAAAACAAGGUCGAGGUACCAGAAGACGCAGUUGAGGCUUCGGAAGAAAUUAAUUCCAAGGCAAAUAAGUCGAAAGCUUCUUCUGCCGGAACGACAAACGUCUUUAUCGCUAUCGAUGGUAAAUACGCCGGUCAUCUCUGCCUAGCAGACACUAUCAAGGAAGGGGCUGCGGCGGCCAUUGCGGUUUUACACAGCAUGGGAAUCAAGACCGCUAUUGUUACCGGUGAUCAACUAUCUACUGCGUUGGCUGUUGCAUCGUCUGUCGGCAUCUCGCACGACAACGUGUAUGCUGGCGUAUCUCCAGACCAGAAACAAAGCAUCAUCCAAGAAAUUCAAGACAAGGGUGAAUGUGUCGCCAUGGUUGGUGACGGUAUCAACGAUUCACCCGCAUUGGCCACUGCCGAUGUUGGUAUCGCCAUGUCUAGCGGUACAGACGUAGCCAUGGAAGCUGCGGACGUCGUCCUCAUGCGACCAAACGACCUUAUGGAUAUCCCUGCCGCCCUCCACCUUGCCCGUACCAUCUUCACGCGUAUUAAACUCAACCUUACUUGGGCUUGUAUGUACAACCUCGUCGGCCUACCUUUCGCCAUGGGUCUGUUUCUUCCCAUAGGAUGGCAUCUUCACCCUAUGGCCGCGGGUGCCGCCAUGGCUUGCAGUAGCGUUAGUGUUGUGGUUAGCUCGCUACUUCUGAAGUUCUGGAAGCGGCCUCAAUGGAUGGAGGAAGCUUUGCUUGCGGAUAAGGGUGGGCUUAAGAAGCGCGGCCGCGGUUGGGGCUUAGAUGGUAUUGUCACUAGAGUCCAGGACCUUGCGGGAGGGGUGCUGGGUAGAAGGUCGAGGAAAGACGAAGGAUACGUGCCAUUGGACACGUUGGACCGUCCCGAGGCAUAGUGGCCUUUUUGCAUACGGCGCUAAAAUACCUUUUGGGUUAUUCGGAUCGCGUUUGGAUUUUCAACGGACGCAUUGCAUUAUGGCGUUGAGGAGCGUUCUACUCUAUACAUACACCUACCUAUAUAUAUUCGCUGUUCCCAGUAUUGUUCCCCAUGUUUAUAAAUAAAUUAGGAUAUUAUUUAAACAAUGAAAUUCUCAAAGCCGGGACGGAAUAGGUGCUCAA